AUUUUUGUGCUACUAUUGUUUUAAAACAAAAAAGGGUGGUGGUGUAUCUCGUCUAAGGGAGCAUCUUGGUGGAAUAACUGGGAAUGUAGUGGAGUGUAAAAAUGUGCCAACGCAUAUUAAGAAUAUAAUGGCAGAUGAAUUCAAUGAUGUUCUUGUUGUGUUUAUGAAAAUUCAAUGAUGUUCUUGUUGUCAUGUUUUUUAUUUGUAGGCUGCAUGCUAUGAUGAGAGAAAAGAUAGGGAGGGAGCUGAUUCGGUGGAAUGCCACUAGAUUUGGCACUGUUUUCAUUUUUCUCCAGAGUUUUUGGGAUAGACAAGAUAAGUUCAAGCAAUGGAUGGUAUCUGAUGACUGGGAGAAAUGUGUGUGGGCUGGUAAGGCUGACCAUGAUUUCACAUAUGAUUGUUUGACCAGGAAAAAAUGGUGGAGUCAAAUGGAAGUGGUGUUAAAAGCUGUCUCCCCAAUCUAUUCUGUACUUCGUUUAGCUGAUCAGCAACAGAAGUUCUAUUCUAUAUCUGCAUUCAUUCCAAAAAUGAGGGAAUCUAUGGCAGAAAUACGUGGCAAUUUAAGUGAUAAUACCAUCCAAAAAAAUCUACAGAAUAGGGUGUUGGAAAAAGUCCAAGGAAGACUUGAUUAUCUUGUCAAUGAUACACUUAUGCUUGCAGCUGCCGCACUUGAUCCUAAAGCACUGUACACUUCCAAGCUUGCAAGGAAACCAAAGUCCAGACAUGCUGUCACAUUGGCCAUCAAGAAGCUUGCAGGCUCAUCUUCAAAGGCUUCUGCUGCAAUCGAUCAAUUUACUUUCUUCUCAAAACAGGGAGGGUUAUUUGGAGGAGCGGAGGCUCGAAAAUAGGCUCUUAAUGGCCGGUGUA